CCCGCACACAGGCAGCGGCAGACAGGGCGUCAACGCGCGCACACACAGGCGGGCAGUCUGGGCCAAACAGUCGUCUUAUUCCACCAUUAACCACCAGACCUGAUGUUCGAUCUAUAGUCGGAAUGGAUUUCAAGGCUUUAUUUGACGAGAAGACGCUUCAGUUUUCCGACUUCCAGGAGUUCACGUUUCUUCCUGGACACCAGAAACUGACAGAACGAGUGAGAAAGAGACUGUAUUAUGGCCUGGAUAAAGACGUGUCUCUGGAUGCCCUCUCCUGCCCUGUAACAGAUAUAGCGGUCGAGAUCUUCCAGAAGUCUGCGCCCAGCCCCAUAAGAAAGCUCCAGAAGAAAUAUGCCGCUCAUGUUGCCAGGGAGUCCUGCAUCUCUCCGUGCGCCAUGAUGCUGGCUCUCGUUUACAUCGAACGGCUCCGACACAGAAACCCUGAAUACCUCCAGAAGAUCUCCUCCUCCGACCUCUUCCUGAUCUCCAUGAUGGUUGCCAGCAAGUACUUGUACGACGAAGGAGAAGAGGAAGAGGUGUUCAACGACGAGUGGGGAACAGCUGGCAAGCUGGAUGUCCAUACUGUCAACACCCUGGAGAUGAACUUCCUGAAUGCCAUUGAGUGGAGCCUCUUCACGGAGCCAAGCGACUUCUUCGACAUACUGAAGCAGCUGGAAUCCAGCAUCGCGGAGCGACAGGGAAUGAAGCGCGGCUGGUUCACCUACACGGACCUGUGCGUGCUCCUGGAGCAGUCUGCAUGGACUCAAGCCCUCACGGCCAUCUAUCAGCACUUUACCAAGGUAUCCUGCAUGCUCGGCCUGGUCUAUCUCACCAGUGUCGCUGGCCUGAUCGCCUCCAGCGCCGUGGUGCACCAGCUCAGCCUCUCCAGGAGCGGACACUCCCUGCUCACCCGCGACCCCCCCCCUGGCCCCCCUGCACACCCCCGCCGUGCACGAGGACGCCGCGGCCACCGCCUCCCCUGUUGCGUCCUGGCCAACAAGAGCGUGAACCGUCAGACUGAAUCGGCCGGGCGCGGGCCGAGCCCCCCGCCGGCCCCAGCCCACUCGUCGGUGCUGUGUCUGUGGGGGUCCCUGCUGGCCUCCGUGGGCCACAUCCACCUCGAAACGCAACCCUGGUCCGCCGCCUCCUUCAUCUGCCCCGGCUGCCUCGCCGCGCUGCCGUCGCUGCAGUGCCAGCUUCGAAACGCCUCGGCGCUCCCCGUCCACGGCCCGCCGGAUCACCCCCCGCCGUCCGGGUGGUCCGCUCAGCUCCUCCCGGCGGCGGAGCCCGGUCUGAAGCGGGCGCUGCCCUGCCAGCUGGAGUCCCUGCUGCCCGUGGACAAACUCCAGGCUCUGCUCGUGCCCGGCUAGCGGCGGCCGGGCACCCCGGAAAUGGAACCAGCAUCAUUUCUUCUACGUUUGUUUCCCAGACCUAAAGAUUCGGGAGGAGGGCGCCCCGGGAGAGACGCCGUAGUGUGCUAUUAUUCCCCCGCAGCGAUAAUCGCCAGCGGUUCGCAGAUCAUCUAGUGUAUUGUUUGCUUUGCAGCAGCCUCCGUUCGGGGCUGCCGGGUGUGGAGAGUGGAGGUGAACAGUGGUUUGUCGACGCCGUCGUCUUGUUGGCAGGUUAAUGAAGGUGUUUUUAAGGUCACUUCAAGCUUUAUGGAAGCUUCACACAGUGUUUUUUUUUUUUUUUUUGUGCUCCGAAGGGAUUGAAUCUCACGCAUAUUUGCUUUUUUCAGCUUUCGUCUGUCUCGCUUAAAAGGUUUACAUCAGACGUUGUUCACAAGCACGUUACAAGCACUGAAUCUGAACGAAGUCUGCAUCAACAAGGACAGCAAAGCAGGUAGCUUGAUAGGAAGCAGUGUCGUCAUAUCCGAACUCCUCAUCAGAUCAUCUGAAAGCCACUUUACUUCAACAGGGUGUUCGCCAAAAAAAGGUUAGUUUUUAAUGUUGUGAAGGACAGUUCUGGGGUUUCAUGCAUUUCUGAUCGGUUUUGUAUUUAGCGUUAACAGCGAACUUGAGGGAAAAACUCAAGUUAUUUUUCUGUACACCGUUACACGUGGAUAGUUACUUUCUAAUUGACGGAUUGCUACGAGCGUUUGGAUUUGAUACACUUUUCAGCCCCGCGUCCGUUCAUUUGGGACAUGAUGUACAAUGCAAAUAUUGUAAAAAAAAAAAAAAAAAAACUAUAUGGGGGGAAAACCUGGGA